AUGCUUCUCAAUUGUCUCUUUAUUUGUUCGUGGAUUCUUCUUCUUUUGGGACUUUUUAUAUUGGCGCGAGAGCUCGUUUUUCAAGGGACGAAAAAUGAGAAAUUGGCACUAUUUGGAGCGUUUUUGGCCACUAUGUAAGCGGAUAAUGAUUGGAAACAAAUAUUAUUUAAAUUGAACACUUUUUCAGGAUAGUUUUAUUCGAAGCGAUUCUGAUUUUGGAGGAGCACAAAUGGCGGGACGGUACGUUUCUUGUGACGCGAUUCUAUAAAGACAAGCUAUUAUAGAGGAAACACGGGGGAUAUUGUGACAAGUACGCAGAAAUUAAACGAAUCAUCCCGUGAAAUGUGGGAUUUCAUUUUGCUUUUGGCAAAAAAAUUAACGGUUGCGAACUUUUUUUUAAAGCUUUUUUUUUAAUUAAAAAAUUUUUUUAAUUAAGUUUAGUUUAUUAGUAAAUUUAGUAAAAAUUUAGUAAAUUUAGUAAAUUUAGUAAAAAAAAAAACUUUUUUUUUGUAAAAAAAAUUAACGGUUGCGAAACAAAUGACGGUUGUGUUGUGUUGUCACGAGACUUGAGAUUCAGUUUGAUAUCUAGAACAAAAAUAAAGAUUUGCAGACACGCUCGGCAACCGAUUUCAGCGAUGGAUGUUCGGAGAAUCGCAAAGUGAUCACUGGAAAUGGCACGUGAAUCCGAUCACGGUCCCGUUCAGUCUAUGCGGUCGAAUCGUCGUUUUGACGGCCUCUGUGGUUGGUUUUUGUGCAAUUUCACGCCAAAUUCUCUCACUUUUCUUCAUUUCAGUUCGGCGAAUCGUGCGGCAAACUCGUCGGAAACUUUUUCGCGGCGCUGCCCGUUCCGACCGCCCUUCUCAUGAUUCCGUUCCCUUUUCUCUGCAUUUCGCUCGGCAUUCUCUGCGUUUUCGGCUACCAAUUCAACAUCGGAUACGGACUGAUCAAAAUCGAUCCCGGCACGAGAAUUCGAUCGAUGCUCGGACGGAAUACUAUGGAGCACGGACCGAAAACGCCGCCGAAAAUGGUCACGAAACUGGAUUAUUGUGUGAGACGGGUCAACGAACAAUAUCAACGCGCUUUUCGGAAUAAACACUUGUAGAUUUGUGCUUGUCGUCGAAUUAGGUGCAAAGUACGCAAUUGAAUGUGUUCGUAUGGAAUUGUAGCUACAGUAACCCGGAAAACGCUAAAACAAACGCGUUUUUCCAUUAUAUUUUGUUGUUAUUUUACAAUCGCACACUCUCAACCGAAUUCCGUGCUCUUUUGCUCGGCGGUCCCCCCCUCCCAACUUUACACUUUUUCGCAUCCCGCCGCCUUCUCCCUCCCUCCCUCGAUCUUCCCGAAACGACAGGUGUUCCGACCCGCGGGACCCGGUCGGCAAAGGCCCCCGACCGAAAUCCCUCGUCUUCCGGGUCUUUUCCCCGCCGGUUUUUGACGCAAUUUCGUCUUGAUUUAUGAUAGUUCUGUGCGGGAAUCCGAUAAUCUCCGAAUAAUUGGAAGAAAUGCGUUUUUUUUUGCAGCGGUUUUCAUGCGUUUUUUCGCAAUUUUUUGUCUACUACUAUUGUUUGAUUCGAUUUUUGCACCGCCCACACAUUCCCCUUGCUCUCCGGCUCCUUCGGUUACUUUUCGAGGCGGAAAUGACGUGACACGUGGCGCCGGUUCUUCCGCUUUGAUCGUUUUUGGACCGUUGCAGUGCGCCAAUUGCUACAACUUUUUGAGGAGGUGAGAAGUGGACGAGUUUUUGUGGGGGGUUUGAAAAAGUUAGGCCAUCGUGUAGAGAAUUUGAAGCUCUACAUUUUGUUAGUUGAAAGUUAUUCCCUAUCUCCAACAGCCGCCGAGUUAUAAGCCAAAACCCAAAAGGUGGCCUAGUGGCCAACUUUUAGGACCAAAGUUCGAUUUCCCAGGGAUACUAGAACAUUUUGGACAGUUUCAGAACCCAAAAUAUAUUGUAGCUUUUGAAAUUCGCUUUUUUUUUGCAGACUAAACGACAUUGCCACGCAACGAAACCAUCGGAUCAUCGUUGUCGCGCCGGAUUUCGAAUCCAAUCAUAUAAUUCAGAGAACUUCCUCGGCGGUAAGAAACACUAGAAACGCGCAAACGCACCGGAAACGUGUCAGCGCGAAAAAUGCGUUUUUUGUGUGGGUCAAGAACAGAGAUGUUGGGAAUUCCGUGUUCCGUGUUCCGUAGAAAUAAGUUUUUUCCGUUUUCCGUGUUCCGCGUUCCGUAAAAAAAAAUUUUCCGUUUUCCGUGUUCCGUGUUCCGUAAAAAAAAAAUUUUCCGUUUUCCGUGUUCCGUGUUCCGUAGAGUAAAAUUUUUAUUCCCAACAUCUCUGGUCAAGAACCGAAAAUAAUUCCAAUUUUUCAGUUCCCAAAUCUUCAAAUCGAUCGAGCCGGAGAAGGAUGGCCCAGGCUUGGAGCCACCAAUUUCGACGCGAUCGUUUUGGACGCGUAAGUAAACAUUUUUCGGUUCCCGAACUAGUUUUCCCAACUUUUAGGUCUGAAAUUGGGCAAAAAAAAAAUACAGUUUCAGAAAAGUGUUAUACGUUGUGAGACUUCCAAAAAACGGUUUGGUUUCCGGAAGCAAGAAAAAAAAAUUAAAAACUUCCUACUAGUCUCGUGCUUUCCACGAUUUUCCCAUUUUGCAGAUGUGGUCGAGUGGCUGAAACUCUCGGCUGGCCUCAAACCGACGUGACCACUUCCACGACGCUUCUGCUUGCUCUGGACUCGGCCCACUCCAAGUGCGCGCCUUGUUCGAAUCAGAAUCAGAAUCAGAGUCCGCGCAGUUCGUCGAAGAAGAUCAACGCGUACAUCAAAGAGCAGCAGGAGCAGCGGAGCCGGGAUUACGGUAGAUCGAGGAGUGCGAGUCUGCACAAUUAUCCGCCUCAACCACCGAACCAACAAUAUCGGCAACAGCAGCAGCAGCAGCCGGCUCAAAAUGCGAAUCCGAAUCCGAAUCCGAUCUCGUAUUAUCCUCAACAACAACAACCGGCUCAAAAUCUACAAUAUCACUACCAGAAUCAAGCGUAUCCGCAACAGAAUCCGAACGGCUACUUCUACACCCCGCCACCGCCAAUUCCGACAAAAAUAGCGACGACGACGACGACAAGUGAGGAAUUCAGUUUUUUUACCCGCUUGCAAUAAUCCGAUCGGAACCACAGUUUGCAUGAUUCUUGGACUUGGAUUGAAGUACAUUGGGUCCAAGUUUCAGACCGAUCUGAUAAUCUGGUCCCGAGAUAUACGAGUUUUUGCGGGACCAGAUGAUCGGAUCGGUCUGAAACUUGGUCCCAAUAUACUUUAAUCCAAGUCUAAGAAUCAUGCAAAGUUUGGUCCCGAUCGGAUUAGUGCAAACGUACUUUUAAAGGCGCAUAACAUUUGCACUGAAAUGUCUUGGUUUUUCCAGCAACUUCGAAUCCGGCCGACUACGACUAUUAUCCGAAUGACGGGACGGCGGACGAGGUGGUGACGACGCAGUCCCCACAGGUAACACCCUAAAACUUUUGCCUCUUCUUCUUUUUCCCCCCACAUUGCUCCUUAUCGUCUCAUGUGAUAUCGACGCACACCUCCGUCUCGUUUUGAAACCUUAUCAGGUUCUGAAUCGUCUCCACUUUAAGGACACGUCAUUCUGGCCUAAAAGUGAAGGCUUCGGCUUGCAAAGGCUAAAAUUUGAGACGUCAGAGCCGUAAAAUCGAAAAUUCAGGGUUUGCAUUCCAAUUAUAGCCUCGAAAGCGCAAGUUAAGGCUCCAGAUCCGAAUUUUUAGCUGCUGCGUUCAAUUUUGAGCCAACAAGAUGAAAUUUUAGGUGUUGAGCUCGAGAAAGACCCAUUUUAGGCCCAAAUUCAACGGAGACAAACGCGGAAGAGCCGUGGAGGGGUCAACUCGCGCGCGGGGCGAAAUUCGUCGAGCAAACACGGGCUCUUUCCGAUUGUGUGCUCUCUCUCUCUCUCUCUCUCUCUCUCUUCCUCUACUACUGUCAACUCGCCAAACAAAGCGGCGGCGGCGGCGGCGGCCCCGUUUUGACAGUAAAUAUCAAAUCAAUGAGUGCUUGCGAGUUGUGUGUGGUGGGGGGUGUUGACCCAAGAUUUGACGGGGCGGAAAAGCCAAGGAGCCAUCCGAGCCGAUCAAAAGAGUACAGUAAUCCGAGAGAGAGAGAGAGAGCGGAAGUACGGUAGAAUUGCACUUUUGCGCGCACCGUCAGCAACAAAGUGCAAUUUGAUAUACGCGCAAAGACGAUGACGAGGUGUACUUUUGCACUGCACUUUGCACUGUAAUAAUGCUCUUUAACUUAACUUUAACGGCUUCUACGCCAACUCCUUAGGCUUCCAUCGAUAUUGUAGAACUCAAAAACUCGGGAGAAUGAGAUUUCCCGACAAAUUUACCGCUACCACGAUUUUUCGAGAAAAGUGCACCCCGGGCCGCUAUUUUUAACUCUGUUUCAACACAGUUUUAAAACUUUGCUGCACUUGCAAAGAGCGCCGAAAAAAUUGGGUGAAAACCAACAAAAAAUUGAGUAAAUACUGGGAGGAAACGUGGAAAAAACGACGUCGACGAGCCGAUUUCGCAAUUUCGUAACAAUUUUCCGGGUGACGUGGCAAACAUGAUGGGAAUUUAGGCCGAACAGUGGAAAUUUGGGCCCGGCACAUUCCAGAAGAACGUUUCCAGACGCAAAUCCCUCGCCCGCCAUCCUCCUCAUCGCAAUUCUCGUCUCCAAACUGGCCGACGUUCCCGCCGUACCUUCAUCAGAAUCCCUACUCCCAGCAGGUCCCAAUCAGUAUGCACCGCCAUCCAUCUCAUCCGAUCUUUGCAGUCGUCACCACAACUGUCGAAACACCAUCUUCCGGCGCAAUUCCAACCCAAUCCGAUCAUGGAGAACAAUCUGCCGUGCAGCGCGUUCACCGAUGACAUCUGCUACCAACAGGUGUGGUCCUAUUGAGAUUACACGAACCGAUCUCCUUAUUAUAUUGUACGAGUACUAAUUGUAGCGCGAACGGAUGGGUAGUCUCAUGUCAAAGUGCUGCAAUAAGGGCGUCUAUUUGACGGACGUUUGUGUGCCCGGAAAGUGUUCGAAUAGCACGACACAAUUGUGCUGCUUCCAAAAGUUUUUACAGGUUCUCCGGAUGAACAAUCUGGCCUAUUUUACCCUAGAAUUUUCAGGCCAAGUACUCGUGCUGUGGUGAUGCGAGCCAAGACGACGGCGCGCCGAAAAUGACAAAUCAGUUCAACAAAUGUUGUCAUAACCUCUUCGUCACCGAUGUAGGCUUCCUUCCGGCCCUUGCGAGCUCUUAGCUACUGUUACUUUUACGCUUCAGGACCCAUGUUGUCCGGCAGAGGCCGCAAAACGCUAUUGGGCGACCACUUACGAAGUGUGCAUGCCGACGGUGACCGUCGACUUUUCGCCGGUCCGAUUCGAGGUAAAAGUACCGCUAACUGACGCUUAUUACAAGGUUACUAAUUUUUCACUAACUUUUUGUACCUAAAAUUUAUGGAAGCGUAAAAUGUGCCCGAUUUCAGGUACAUUUCACCGAAGGCGUCCGUGUUCUCGACCUGAAUGUGGAUCGUCAGUGGGAAUUCAAUUGCACGUAUGGCCAACUGCGACCACAGUUUGCUUACUUGCCAUGA